CCCUUCUCGGCACGCAGGCCCCUAAAAUCCCUUCGGGCCGGCGGGUGUUGGGAGACCAGGCGCCUGGGAGACCCGGGCGAUGUUAGGGGUUGCGAGCAGGCUCGCUCGACUGGGGAACUGGCAGCAAGACUGCCAGGAGGCGGAACCUAGGGCGCUCGGCGACGCGGUCCUGCGGACUGUCGCUAGUGAGGCAACCGCCGGCCCGGAAGGGGCUGAUGCGAACUGGGGCCACGGCAGCCAUCGCGCUUUGCAGUUCGGUCUCCUGUUGUACGGCCAACGCCAAGUAGGGGAUUGCGUUCUCUCCAGUCGCAGACCCUAUCAGAUUUGGAUAUGUCCUUCAUAUUUGAUUGGAUUUACAGUGGUUUCAGCAGUGUGCUACAGUUUUUAGGAUUAUAUAAGAAAACUGGUAAAUUGGUAUUUCUUGGAUUGGAUAAUGCAGGAAAAACAACAUUGCUACACAUGCUGAAAGAUGACAGACUUGGACAACAUGUCCCAACAUUACAUCCCACUUCAGAAGAACUGACCAUUGCUGGCAUGACGUUUACAACGUUUGAUCUGGGUGGACAUGUUCAAGCUCGAAGAGUGUGGAAAAACUACCUUCCUGCUAUCAAUGGCAUUGUAUUUCUGGUGGAUUGUGCAGACCAUGAAAGGCUGUUAGAGUCAAAAGAAGAACUUGAUUCACUAAUGACAGAUGAAACCAUUGCUAAUGUGCCUAUACUGAUUCUUGGGAAUAAGAUCGACAGACCUGAAGCCAUCAGUGAAGAGAGGUUGCGAGAGAUGUUUGGUUUAUAUGGUCAGACAACAGGAAAGGGGAGUGUAUCUCUGAAAGAACUGAAUGCCCGACCCUUAGAAGUUUUCAUGUGUAGUGUGCUCAAAAGACAAGGUUACGGAGAAGGCUUCCGCUGGAUGGCACAGUACAUUGAUUAACACAAACUCACAUUGGUUCCAGGUCUCAACGUUCAGGCUUACUCAGAGAUUUGAUUGCUCAACAUGCAUAACUUGAAUUCAAUAGACUUUUGCUGGUUAUAAAACAGAUGUUUUUUAGAUUAUUAAUAUUAAAUCAACUUAAUUUGAGUGAGAAUUGAAAACUGAUUCAAGUAAGUUUGAAUAUCAUGUUAGCUUUCUAAUUCCAUAAAAGUAAUUGGUUUUUACAGUUUAUAAUCUGACAUCACCCCAGCGCCAUUUGUAAAGAGCAACUUUCCAGCAGUACAUUUGAAGCACUUUUUAACAACAUAAAACUAUAGAUAUAAACCAUAUUUAAAAGCUCAUCAUGUUAAAUUUUUUAUGUACUUUUUUGGAACUAGUUUUUAAAUUUUAGAUUAUAUGUCCACCUAUCUUAAGUGUACAGUUAAUAAUUAGCUUAUUCAAUGAUUGCAUGAUGCCUUACAGUUUUCAAUAACAUUUUUUCUUAUGCAAACGUCAUGCAAUAAAACAAACUCUAAUGUUUGGCAUCCUUGUUGGGCAAAUGUUUCAUUUAAAUGUGUCUUAUCUAGCUAGUAUACUCUGAAAAUUUGAGUAUUUAAUAUUAGGCAUAUGAAGUGAUUGUUGGGAAAGGAGAUUCCUUCAGAAUAUUUAGAAUAGCAUUUAAGCCUCUCAAGGCUUAUGUAUUUACUAUGAGACGGUUGUGGUCAGUUGCACCUGAUACCAUGUAUCCCUGAAUCGUGUACUUUUAUUAGUAAUGCUGCCACUACCAUUGCUGAUGGGGUCUGUGUCCUAGUCCCUGUGGGAUUGGCCUUCUGAAGAAAAGCACAUUUAUGCUACACAAGGUUGAUUCUCAGUUUGGUAGGCUCUAUAGUUCCAUCCCCGUUGUCUAAUUCUGAAGUGCUCCAGUCUUAUUGGUGCCCAAUGGGGUAAUCUAUGCCUCUUCCCCAAAAGCAAUGACAGGCACCAGUCUCUCCACAUUUAGAUAUAUUCCCAGUCUCUUUACAUUUAACAGUACUCUCUGGGGCAAGCAAUAAGUAGGACCUUGUGUGCAGUUUCAUUGUAGAGACAUGUAUAUCUGAGGAAUAAAACAGCUUGUUCUGUGUCAGUCUGAGAUAUGUGGAGAUUUUGUUCCUAUCCUAUAGCUUUUUUGUAUUGUUUGGCAUAUUUUAUAGCCUGGUAGAAGAAAACAAGUGCUUGUUUCCAAUUUUCUUUUUUCUUAUUUGCUUUCAGGUAGUUCUUACUUCAUACAACAAAGAUUUUUUGUUUGGCUUUUUUUUUUUUUUUUGCUCUGUUUCAUUUUGUUUUAGAGAUGGGGUUUCACCAUGUUGGCCAGGCUGAUCUCAAACUCCUGACCUCAAGUGAUCUGCCCGCCUUGGCCUCCCAAAGUGCUGGGAUUACAGGCGUGAGCUACCAUGCCUGACCUGACUUUUGUUUUUAGAUAUUAUGCUUGCCAUGUGAUAGGGCCUGCAAGCCUCUUUGCUAGGCUUACUAGGAAAAUUUUAGUUUUUCAAAAGCAUUAUAAUUUCCUAAGAAACUGAAUUCUUUUUUUAUAUGUUUGAGAUUCCCAUCAUUAGUAAUAUAAGAUAAAAAGUGCCAAAAAUGUAUUUUUAAAGACCCUCAAGUUUGAGAUUUAUCUUGAUUAUAAGCCAAGUUUUAUAGUAUAUUUAACCAAGUCCAUCAAGAAUAAUUUUAAUAUCAAAAAUUAGUGUUUUCUGUAGCCAUUAUCCAUGUCAGAGUUACAGUCCUUUUUGUCACUGAUAAUAUAACCUAUGAAGCAGAUAAGGAUUGAGGAAUAUGACUGGAAGGAAUUGCUAUUUAGCUAAGCUGACAAGGUCACUUCUUAAGAUGACAUUUGGUUUCAGUAAUCUGACUAUUCUGUUUUCACUUUCAUCUUCUUUCUAAAUGAAAACAAAAGUGCUCCCUCCCUUCCUAGAAACAUCAGUAGCACUACGGGAAAAGUAGAACAUGACAUUGCAGCCUAUUGAUUUCUUCUUCCAGAUAGAUUUAAAGUACUCCUUAAGUUCUGACUAAAUAGAACUAAGCCUUAUUAAAAAUAACUGCCUCUUGUUCA